AUGGAGUUCUCACAGCAUGGCUUCUUGGAGGAGCUAUUGGCUCCGAGACGAGACAGUUGGACCACUUUUUCAACCGAGUUCCUCACCGGUGGCGGCUCAUCCAACUUCGAUCCUUUUGACGACAAUCCAUCUUUGUCUGCACCAAAUCUCCCCCUCGUUGGGUUCCCCACACCAACUGAUGAUCAGAUUGACAACCCCAGCUUCGAUUGUCCAUUCACCGUUCAACCCUCCCCUUUCGACCAUGAUUUCACAGUGCGAGACGUCGAUUCUUCAUACGCCAACGUGGUCUCUCCUUUCCCACCUACUCAACAAGACUACCCUUCCAUGGUCGACGAUGAAGACCCCUUUGGUCUGCAACAAACAAAGAGUAGCUUGUUAGGCAAGAAAAGGACCGAGACAAACAAGUUACAAGGUCAGCCCUCGAAGAAUCUAAUGGCGGAGAGGCGGAGGAGGAAGCGACUAAAUGACAGACUCUCAAUGCUGAGAUCAAUCGUCCCUAAGAUCAGCAAGAUGGAUAGAACAUCUAUACUUGGAGAUUCUAUAGAUUACAUGAAAGAGCUUAUAGAGAGGGUUAAUAAGCUGCAGGAAGAAGAAACAAAAGAGGGUAUUAAUCAACAGAUUUUGUUGAGCAACUUCAAGGAGCAAAAGCCAAAUGAAGCGCUGGUGAGAAAUUCCCCAAAGUUUGAAGUGGAGAGGAGAGAUAUCGAUACUCGAAUCGAUAUCUGCUGUGCGACGAAACCGGGAUUGCUGUUCUCUACUGUUAGCACAUUGGAAGCACUAGGCCUUGAGAUUCAGCAGUGUGUUAUAAGUUGCUUCAAUGAUUUUUCAUUGAAAGCUUCUUGUUCAGAGGCAGCAGAGCAGAGGGCAAUGAUAAGUUCUAAAGACCUAAAGCAAGCAUUAUUCAGAAAUGCAGGCUAUGGAGGAAGAUGUCUGUAGAAUCAUUAGGAAGAGAAUAAGAUGAUCAUCUAACCAAGCCUAAUAGAGAUUGAAUUUUCUCUAUAUUUGUUCUUCAAGUAUAUG